AAUGUUUACGAGUACUCCUUUCAUUUGUGCGUGUUGUUUAUACAGUUACUAAGAAAGCCCGUGGGAACAGGGAUGAAGCUAGUAGGUUUCUAUUUUUUGGUAGUCAGUUUUUUAUAGAGUUAUAGCAUCAAAAGUCUCCGUCAUAAUCGAGUAUACUGAUACAGCCCAUUGAAAUGUAGCUCGCACUGAAGUCUGAACACAACGUAAUUACCACAAAACCGUUGGUGAAAGCACACAGAGUAAUGCUUAAGUUCGGUAACAGAAAUAAUUUUCUAAAGAAGGCAUAUAAUUAUUCUCGCUCUCUCUCCUCAAAACCAAACGGAUUCCUUGAGCAACACGAAAGUGUUGAAACAAGACAUGCUAAGGACAACGCUGAGGUUGUAAUAAUUGGAGGAGGAUGUGUUGGUACUAGUUUGGCGUAUCAUCUCGCAAAGUUUGGAGUGAAAAAUGUGGUGCUUCUUGAGAAAACUGAACUCACUGCUGGAUCAACAUAUAGUGCAGCUGGUCUGACAACAUACUAUAAUCAUGGUAUCAACAUGCGGAACCUACAUUACGAGUCACUUAAGCUUUUCGAAACAAUUGAAGCAGAAACUGAUCAGGAAAUUGGAUUUAACGCCACUGGUUCACUCCGUUUGGCCCAUACAAAAGAACAUUUCAACGAGUUCAAAUACAUGAUGAGCCGACAUACGUGGCACCGAGCCAACGAGCAUCUAGUUGACCCCGACACUAUAGAACAGAUGCAUCCUUUUCUGAACAUGGAGGGAAUUAAAGGGGGGUUAUACACCCCUGGUGAUGGUCAUACCGACCCUUAUAGUCUUACUAUGGCGUAUGCUAAAGGAGCCCGAAUGUAUGGAGCAACAUUAGUGCAAGACUGUAUAGUCACUGGCACUAAACAGAGGGCUGACGGAACAUGGGAGGUGGAUACACCUUCUGGAAAAAUAAACACAAAGCAACUGGUGAACGCUGCCGGAUUCCACGCCAGAGAAAUCGGGCAGAUGUCGGGGCUUAAUCUACCUCUUGCUCCUGUACACCAUCAGUACCUGGUUUCUGCAAGUGUUCCCUUAUUGGAAGACUGGCAGAAGAACCAGAACGGUCGUCAGAUUCCAACUAUUCGGGAUCUUAGAGGUUCUUACUACGUGAGACAGGAACGAACAGGACUAUUGAUUGGACCGUACGAGGCACCAGAUAAGAUGAAGAUUCAGGAGGACUGGUAUGAUAACGGCAUCCCUAGAGGUUUCUCUAAAGAAGCAUACGAAAGUGAUUUGGAUCGUAUUGAUAGGUGCAUAGAACAUUGUAUGGAACUGAUGCCAAUAAUGCAGGAAACUGAAAUUCAGAACGCGAUAGCAGGACCGAUUACAUACUCUCCCGACAUGUUACCGAUGAUGGGACCAACUCACCACCUAACUAAUUACUGGCUAACAGUCGGAUUUGGCUGCUUCGGUAUUGUGCAUUCUGGAGGUGCUGGAAAAUACCUUGCUAGAUGGAUGAUAAACGGAGAACCUGACUACGACCUGAUAGAAUGUGAUCCAGAUAGAUUUUCUGACUGGACGGACAGGAAGUUUCUAAUGGAGAAGGCUCGAGAGUCCUACGGAAUGAACACCUCACCUGCGUAUCCUAAAGAGGAGAGGUGGGCAGGACGACCUACAGAGAGGGUGAGCGGAGCUUACCAGGAAAUUAAAGAAAGAGGAGCUGCGUUUGGGUUCAAUGCUGGGUGGGAACAGGCGCGCUUCUUUGCAACUCAAGGGGAACUCAAGACCACACCAGCCUGUUACACGAGGAAACAUUGGCAUGAUGCCGUAGGCAGAGAAGUUGAUCUCCUUCUCAACGGAGUUGGUGUAGCUGAUCUCACUUAUUUCGGGAAGUUCAUUUUGGAAGGUCCAGGUGCAACUAAGUUCCUCUCCUCGAUGGUUGCUAAUACUCUACCCAAGGAACAACAAGUUAACCUGUCUCACAUGCUUACUCCUAACGGUAAAGUUUACGCUGAACUAACAAUAUCUAGACUUGGAAAAGAGCGGUAUUAUCUAGUGACAAGUGCUGGCAGUGAAUUACAUGAUCUCAGGUGGCUGAAGCAUCAUAUGCCUGAGAAUGCAGAGUUUACACUGCAGAACGUGACCGAUCAAAUGGGAGUUCUAGCAGUAACUGGGAAAUAUUCCCGUGACGUCAUGACCAAGCUUACUGACAGUGCUAUGUCUCAUGAAGAUUUCCCGUUUUUGGAAUGUCGUGAAAUGAGUUUGGCCGGAUAUGAUGUUCAGGCAACAAGGAUUUCGUACACUGGUGAGUUAGGAUGGGAAAUUCAUCAUGAUCGAAACGACACAGGCGCCCUUUACAAGAGAAUUCUAGAAGCAGGAGCUGAAUUUGAGAUCGGAGAUUAUGGUUGGUUUGCAACAAACUCCUUAAGACUUGAAAAAGGAUUGAGGCACUGGGGAGACGAGAUGAAUCUGGAUAAGAACCCCUUCGAAGCCGGUUUAGGGUCCUUCAUAAAAACAAACAAAAAAACACCUUUCAUCGGUCAAGAGGCUUGUAAGGAAAUGCUAGGUAACGAGUUGAAGAGCAAAUUAGUGAUGUUGACUGUUGAUACUCAUGGUUAUUUGGAUCCGGAGGGUAACGAGACUAUUUGGUUUGACAACCAGGUGGUUGGUAACACUACAUCUGGAGCCUGGAGUUACAGCGCCAAUACAAGUAUUUGCAUGGCAUACCUCCCAACCAGUCUUACUGAACUAGGUUCCAAUGUGUACGUUGAACUCCUAGGCAAGAGAUACAAAGCCACUGUAGUCAACGACCCGAUGUACGAGACAGAGGCAGUUAGAUCAAGAAAUGAUCUCAAAGAAGACCGAGCUGAUUUCAGUUAGUGACUCAGAGAUAUACACAGAAAACUUGUGUCAGGAUCUGCAGAUGCAUAUCCUAAAUCUAAGUUUUAAAUAUUUUGACCAUCGCCAUUAAAGAACGAAAUCUGGACCCAAAUCAUUUUAAUUAUUGACAGGGAGUUUAUACAUUUUUAAGGUUGUUGAACAAUACAUAUUAUUAAAAUUAUACUGUUUUUUAACGAUUCGAAAAAGAAAUCGCACCGUAUUUAACAUUUAAACAAUUAACCAAAAUUCUCGUAACCA